AGUGUGAGAAGGACCUCGAGUGACGUAGAAUUGUAGCGACUAAAACGGUGUCGCAAAAUCCGAACGAAAACACGGACCGCUUUUGUUCCCUCUUUUUUUGUCGAACAGAGUAAAAUGCCAAAAGUAAAGAGGAGUCGCAAGCCGCCCCCAGACGGCUGGGAGCUCAUUGAGCCCACUUUGGAUGAGCUGGAUCAGAAGAUGAGAGAAGCUGAAACGGAGCCUCACGAGGGGAAGAGAAAGGUGGAGUCUCUUUGGCCAAUUUUCAGACUGCAUCACCAGCGGAGUCGGUACAUCUUCGACCUCUUCUACAAAAGGAAAGCCAUCAGCAGAGAGCUGUAUGAUUACUGUAUAAAAGAAGGCUACGCAGACAAGAACCUGAUAGCCAAGUGGAAGAAGCAGGGCUACGAGAACCUGUGCUGUCUGCGUUGCAUCCAAACCCGAGACACCAACUUUGGAACCAACUGCAUCUGCAGAGUUCCCAAGAGCAAGCUGGAAGUUGGAAGGAUCAUUGAAUGCACCCAUUGUGGAUGCAGAGGAUGUUCUGGCUAAGUAAAGACAUCUCAUCUUUUUUCCAUUGGGGAUCAAGGCUCACCCAGUCACCAUCUGUGCCCUCACAACCCUGAAGGAACACGGCCUUUUUUUCAGUCAGAAACAAAUCGCUGAUUUCGUCAUCAUCAUCCUCCUCAGUGUCCCUUAAAGGGUCGGGUUGUUGAAAACUGGAGAACACACAGUGGCCAUAGUGUAUGUCUUGCAUUUGUUUUUCUACAUAAUAAAGCCCUCAACUCCAACAGCUCAAAGUAGGAAAUUGAGGUUGGCUGUUUCUGGAUAAGGCCUGUCAUUCCAGCUAGUCGUACCCAUUGUGAUGGUCAUUUUAAAUUACGUUUUUCAUUUAAAUUGAAGAGCUGGUGGUGAGUUGAGUUUUGAAAUGUCAGUUGUAAUCCUCCAGUCUUCAUUGUUCUUGUAGUGUAAUUCUAAAUAAAACAAUUCUGAUUUA